CGUUGUCCUAGUUGUCCAACCACUUCGUCACAUUGUCUCAUUAAAUUGUGUCUCGCCAUAAAUAGAACAACUGACCUUUUGAGGUAAAGGUCUAAACACAUACGCUGAGUAUUUAGAAUAGAAAGACACAUGACGCGUUUGGCAGCGCACUUCAGUUGUAUCGUCUGCCUCGGUACAGUCCUUGUCAUCGUUUGUGCGCGGUUUCUAUUCAUACAGGUGGACGAGUCUGUGCGUGUAAAGAAAGCUGUAAAAGAGUUGUCUACAUUUACUAACAGCUCCUGCAGUAAGAAGACGACCCUUGUGUUUGUGAAGGUGCACAAGGCGGGAGGGACCACCGUGUACCGCCUUCUCAUGACGUUCGGCCUACGUCAUCACCUCAACUUCGUCAUCCCGCAGCAGACGAGGAAGAAUAGGGGACACAAUCUGGGGUGGCCCCGUCCGCUGAAACAGGGACAGUACCUACCCAGAAUCCCUGGCGAACCGUUCCACAUCCUGACCAACCACGUGGUGUACAACAGAGAGGCUCUUCAUGACGUCAUGCCGAACCACACUGUUUAUAUGGCCAUUUUACGGGAACCUUUCAGCCAUCUGAAGUCAGUUAUGAACUUUUACGACCUGCCAUCGCUGUACAAGCUGCCUAAGAAGAAUACCAUGAAGUCGUUUCUGAGCCGCCCCAAAUUCUACGAGAAACGCUGGAGACGUCACCGGAAGGACCAGCCGUUUUCUUACACCAACCUGAUGUCAUUCGAUAUGGGGAUAGAUCCGUCGUCUCGACUCGACACUGAGUAUGUCCGCGGGCACAUCAAGCACCUGGAUGCAGAGUUUUUCCUGGUGCUGAUUCUGGAGUAUUUAGACGAGUCGCUGGUGCUACUGAAGAGGUACAUGUGCUGGGACAUCAGCGAUAUCUUCUACACAACCAUGAACCUCAUGAGCUAUGACCAGAAAAUUGCCGAUGCUUCAGAGAAGAUGAGAGACCAGCACAGAGCCUGGAGCGUGGCUGACUACAUGCUGUACGAGCACUUCAACAGGACGCUGUGGAGAAAAAUCAGACAAGAAGGAGAGGACUUUUGGCGAGAGCUAAACACGUUUAGAGACAUGAAGACACGAGUUCAGGAAUUUUGCGAAACUUCUGGUCGCUCAAAAUCUGCACGGACGACUUUCGAAGGAUCACCCUGGAGCAAACCGUUUGUUGUCGACUUCGCAUUCUGCAGACUUCUCAGUAAACCUUUGCCAUUGUUACGGAAUGGAGUGAGAGAUGCACACUUGGAGAAACUACACCAACACAAAAUACGAGUACAAUAAGUGCAAUAAACAUUGUAUCUAGCUGCUAAACUGUUUUCUUUUUCAAUGUACAAAUUAACCGCUGUCCCACAUAUAGUUCAAAUACCUUAUGACACUGCCAAAAACUCUUCUGCCUUUAAGCCUACUCAUGUGUGUAUUAUAGGGCACAACCCGCUAUACGUGCAAUCACGUGCUGUCUACGUGCCAAAACGUGGGCAAUCUUUUGGGAUCCGUAAGUAUGUAAGUACCGCCUCCGUACGAACUCGCAGGGAAUCCGACGGAUUUUGAAGUAGGCAGACACGCCGUGGAACUUUACGUGCAGGCAAAACAUUUUGUGCCGUACGUUGACUCUCUCCCUGCUUUUGCCAGUCUUUCCCCACGUUUUCAGAAAAACGUGGCGGACGUGGCCUCCAAAAAAAAACGUACGGACAAAUUACAUGUACGUCGGGUUGUGCCCUUAGCUUAACGAAAGCCUUGCGUCUCAUCGGUGCAUAUUAUUCAGAACGAAGAAUCUACAACACGUAGUCGAUUUGGAUCCGCUUGAACCAGUUUUACAAAUCCCUGUUCGGAUUCAGCAGGACCCGACAUCUUUCCUUCAAGAGUGUUCAGUACGUUACGUUUUGUGGCAUUCCUCUGCUUUUUAGUCUACUCAUGUGUAUAAGAAUAGCCUUGUGUCUCAUUGGUGCAUAUCUAGAGCGUAGGAGUUUAUAACACGCAGUCAAUGCGGAUCCGCUUGUAUCCUCUACAAUGAUACAUAAAUAUCCCUGUUCGGAUUCUCCAGGACCCAAAAUCUUUCGGCCUAGUGUUUACCGGUUACAUUUUGUGGCACUCCUCUGCCUUCUAGUUUACUCAUGUGUAUAUGGAAAGCCUCCCAUCUCAUUGGUGCAUAUCUAGAGCGGAGGCGUUCACAGAACUCGUAGUCGAUGUGGACCGGCCGGCUCCAGGAAGUAUUCGGGAACACCAGGCGGGCGGUUUUGUUCUUCCUCCCCUCCCCGGUGUAACAGAAUUGUGUCGUCCGAUUGUGUAUGUCACGGAAUGUACGUACCUGGCGAGGGGGAAUGAAGGAUUAGAAUUAGUAAAUUAGAAUUAUUGUACAUUUAUGAUCAAACAAGCUAAGUACGCACAGGUCGUAGCGAUACUUGAAGCACAAUUUGAUAGAAUACACGUAACUUUAUUGCGCACCAAUUGUGCAAGGCAUCAAGCAUGGCAUCCACUGAUAUAUAAAUUACUACAGUUCUAUAAGGCUGAUCUGAUAUACGAGAAGUGGUAUCUUAAGUUUCUACAUCUACAGAGUCUACUACAUUCUAGUAUGUACCGGUCCAACUUCUUCUCGCGUCUUGUAUAGUUGAAAACAUAAGGACAGAUGUUAUAAUAAUACAUGGUUAAUCGAGUUGCACAAGGAACAUGGAUAAAUGAAGACCUUUAUUGUACAUAAAUGCCCACUGACUGGAUUAAAGUGCUGGCUGCAAGAGA